UCACAAAGUGCGCAACUAAUAUGAGGUUUAAUAUAUUUUUGAUUUCGCUAGUGUUUUUGUGUAUCAUCAUAGAAAAUUGGUGUGCUCCAGUAGAUGAAGUCGGAAAUAAAAAUGGAAGAAAACAGAAACCAGUUCUUUACCGGCGUCUUGUGCAUCGUCGGCCAACAACUUAUGGAGAUGAUGAGUACAUGGACAAUUUAAUGGAAAUUUUCUAUACACGCAACAAGCCACCCAAACCAUAUUUUAAUAAUGACGACAUUGACAAGAUCAUAGCGUGUGACUUUGAGCCUUGGUUAGAAGGGUGUGAAGAAUUUGUACAAUCACCGAAGCCAACCCUAAAACCACAAAAACCAAAUAAAAAAAAUAAUCAUGAGGUAACUGAUGAGGAGAUGGAAAAAAUGAUACGUUGCGAUUUCGAACCAUAUUGGGAUGAUUGUAAAGAAUUAUCACCAAAUGAAGAACCAAAAACUACAACUCUCCAACCAAUCUUUAUAACAUCAACAACAACUUACCAACCAAAAACUACUUCCACAGAACCAGAUACAGAAUUUAUAACUUCGACAUCUCCGGGGGUUUUAGUGACAACAAUAUCAACAACAUCUACCAUAGCUCCAGAAACAUCAACCAUGUCCACAAGUAUUACUUCAACCCCAAGCGAAAUUUCAACAACUAUAACAACAUCUACAACUUUAAGAAGUGUGGAUUCAAGGGAAACUGUAAGCACCACAACUGAUGAAGAUUUGCCAUUUUUACCAGAUAUACCGGUUUCGCGGGAGAAUCAAAAUAACGAAACUAUAGAGAGUCCUCAUAAUAAUGAUACUGAGAUUGAUGUUGAAAAUGAAGUGAAUGAUAAUAAUGAGAACGAUGAAUAUCUCACAGAUUUUAAUAAAGAUUAUAAAGACAACGAUACUGAAACAAUAAAUAAUAAUGACGCAGAAAAUGUCGAUAAUGAUGUUGAUAACGAUAUAAUUGAGGAAAAUAAUGAAGAUAACGAAAUAUAUAAAGAUGAUGAAUAUAAUGUGCUAUCAAAUGAUGAUGAAUUCUAAAUAAAAUCAAUAAAAUAAAAUAAAUAAAAUAAGUUUUAAGCUUUUGAUGGCAUAAAGUUAAUACCUCAUAUAGGUAUAUACGUUAUAUGUUUUAGUUCCAAA